AUGACUUUGUUCGCGCCGGACGUCGCGCUCGACGCACUCCUGCUCGCGACGAGCUACGCGCACGUCCUUCUCGCGCCCUACACGAAGGUUGAAGAGAGCUUCAACCUGCAUGCCAUUCACGACGUCUUCUUCUUUGGCGCCGAUAUCAAUGCCUAUGACCACGUCGUCCAUCCCGGCCCCGUUCCCCGCACCUUCAUCGCCGCCGCCGGGCUAGGUGCUGUCCUUCGCCCCGUCACUCGCAUACUCGGAGAUGCAGGCUACCUCACGCGCAAGUCUGACGUGCAGAUCGUCGCGCGACUGCUACUAGCGACUCUCGCCUGCGCGCCACUCAUGUACCUCCGUCGCACCGUACAACGCGAGUUCGGGCGACUGACGUCCCUGUUCUUCGCCCUUGUAUGCAUAACCCAGUUCCACAUGAUGUUUUGGAUGUCUCGUACAGUGCCCAACACAUAUGCCUUUGUACUUGCUACGAUGUCUAUCGCACUACUCCUCGGAAGACCAUCUCCCAAGCGCACUCGACGCGCUAUCAAUUUACUCACUGUUGGCGGUGUCCUCUUCCGCGCUGAGCUCGCGCUCUUGCUUGCCCCCAUCACCCUACAUGCUCUUCUAUCCGGACGCAUAUCCUUCCGAACGGCCAUAUCUACCGUCUGCCUCCGCUACCUUGGCGCUGCCCCCGUCUGGCCCGAGCUCGCCAGCAUGUACUACAACGUCGUCCUAGGCCGCAGCGCUGACUGGGGUACCUCCCCCGCCACGCACUACCUCACCGCCCUCCUGCCCAAACUCCUCACCGCCUACCCCCUCGCCUUCAUCUCUCUCGGCGACUACCGCGUCCGCGCCCUCCUCCUCCCCCACCUCGCCUUCGUCGCCCUCAUGUCCCUGCUCGCGCACAAGGAGUGGCGCUUCGUCAUCUACGUAUUCCCAGCCGUGAACGUCGGCGCGGCGCGCGCGCUGCGAGGAAUGGUUUCCUGGCCGAAGAACCCUGCGUUCGGGCGGCUGAUGUACCUUAUCGCACUCGGUGCUCUUGGUCUGAACGCGGCAGCAACAAUCUUCGUCUUCGUGCCUUCCUCGAUACACAAUUAUCCAGGCGGAGAAGCGCUUGCACGGCUGCACGAGCUUGUUGACCCCGAAGUUCCAGUCCACGUCCACAUCUCCAACUACGCUGCGCAAACCGGCGCGACGCUCUUCCAGCACGAGCGAGCGCCGCCGUACCCGGAAUGGGUGGAUGACGAAGAUCUCCCCGCCCGCCCCUGGACCUACGACAAGACCGAAGGCGUCACCCUCGCCGCCCUCACGCGCGACGCCCGCAUAACGCACGCUAUCUCGGAGGAACCGCCUUCGAAGUCCUCAAAUAUAGUCACGGCAACCUGGGGCGCCGUCGACCCCAUCGCCGCCUCUUGGGAAAUCCUCGCCGUCAUUGAGGCCUUCGACGGAUGGGAGUUCGAGAGGCAGAUGAGCGCAGAGCUGCUGAGGAAGCCGUGGACAAUCUUGCGGAUGCGCACGGCGCCCAAGUUGUGGGUAUUGCAGAGGCGGUAG